GAACUCGAGGAGAGAAAGAAAGGGCGAAAAGGAACGCGAGAAAAGGAGUGUGAAGAGCCGUUGCUGUGAUGGACGAGGGCUGUCGGGGGCGGUGGUGAGAGAGAGAGGGAGAGAGAGAGAGAGAACGGGAGAGAGCAAGGGUGCGGGCAGUGCCAUCACCAUGGCCGUGGCCAGCGCCAAGACCUUCCAAUGGCAGUCUCUGGCUCCCUUGCCGACGGGCCGGGUGUACUGUGCCCCGGUGGAGAGCGGAGGGCAGCUGUACCUGAUCGGGGGCUGCGACCAGACCGGGACCCCCACGAGCUCCUGCGAGGUUUACUGCCCCGAGGCUGACCAGUGGACCUCGCUGCCCCCGAUGCCCACGGCCCGGGCUGGGGUGGCCGUAGCCGCCCUCGGCAAGCGGCUGCUGGUGAUCGGGGGGGUCGGGCUCCACCAGAGACCCCUGUCCACCGUGGAGAUGUACAGCGUGGAGGAGGGCAGGUGGGAGAGAAGACCCUCGCUCCGAGAGGCAGCCAUGGGGGUGUCCAUCACCGUCAAAGACUGCCGGGUGUAUGCUGCGGGGGGGAUGGGCACCACCAUGUUCCCCCAAGGCCUCCUGCAGCAGUACGACACGCUGAAGGACGUGUGGUUGCCGUUGCCCGCGAUGCCCACCCCGAGGUACGGCGCCAGCACCUUCCUCCGAGGCUCCAAGAUCCACGUGUUUGGGGGGAGGCAGGCAAAAUGCCCGGUCGCUGCCUACGAGGUCUACGACACGGAGACGAGAUCUUGGACUAAGUUCCCCAGCAUCCCCGGCAAGCGCACCUUCUCCAGCUACGUGAUGACAGACACGAGUUUCCUCAGCCUGGGCGGCCUGCAGCAAACCCACGCCUACAGACGGCCAAAGUUUGUCAGGACCGUGGAGGUGUUUGACAUUGAGCAGGGAGGUUGGAUGAAAAACGAACGCUGCUUAAACAUGAGGAAGAGAAGAGCUGAUUUUGUGGCCGCGAAUCUGAGGGGGCGAGUGAUCGUGGCUGGAGGCUUAGGGAACCAGCCGGCAGUGCUGGGCUCGGUCGAGGCCUUUCACCCGGUGAAGAAGAAGUGGGAGUCGCUCCCUGCGAUGCCCACCGCCCGCUGCACCUGCUCCAGCCUCGUCUUCGCCAACCGGCUGGUGGUCCUGGGCGGAGUGGCACAGGGUCCGAGCCGGGCGGUGGAAGCUCUCUACCAGAGCGAGUCCUAACGGCCGGCCGACAGGGGGCGCUCACGGCACAGGU